CUUCCGCAUCUAUUACUACGUCACUUCCUCCAGUUGUGUGUGCUGAGAAUCUGCUUGGGAAGUUCCAGUUCAUUAGAUAAUUCAGGAGGUGUCUGCAGGCUCAGGUACAGUGUACAGGGGCUCCCUCACCACCUUCCCCCCCAGUGUCAGUCCCCGAGAAUGAGCAGCGCGAAGCGGAAAGAGGAGCAGCCCUUGUCUAACGGAGGGGUAAAAGCUAAACUGUCACCGUGGACCAAGGCCCUGCGGAGUGAUUCGUCCUGGGAAGACAAGGACGAGUUUCUUGAUGUUAUCUAUUGGAUCCGGCAAAUCUUGGCUAUUAUUUUGGGCGUAAUCUGGGGUGUCGUUCCUCUGAAAGGAUUUGUGGGUAUAGCUAUCUUUUGCCUGAUAAAUGCGGGUGUGCUGUACCUGUAUUUUAGCAGCUUCCAGCAGAUAGAUGAAGAAGAAUAUGGAGGAACCUGGGAGCUUACAAAAGAAGGAUUUAUGACAUCGUUUGCACUCUUUUUGGUAGUGUGGGUGAUUUUCUACACAGCAAUUCAUUAUGAUUGACGGUGAUUUUUAAUCUCCUUUUUGCCAAAACUGUUCCCCUUUUAUGUCCAAAAUUCAUCAUCAUUUAUUUUUUUUUAAACAAAAAGCAAAUCAAGGCCUAUAAAGAACAUUUUAGGAGUGGCAUUUUUAAAACAGAGUUGAGCUCUGAAAAGAACUGGAUUUUGCUUGAAGAAUCCACUUAUGGAAGCCAUGUAAAUUAUUACUGUAUUAUAAGUAUGAAGCGGACAAUUUCGUUGUGCAAGUCUCAGCCUUUUCCUUGCUUUGAAAAAAAUGAAUUUGCUAGAGAAGCCAGUAAAUCAACAGCUGAGAUCUCCGUGGAAUGAGAUCAGCUCUAAUCAGUGUCUUCCUCUACAUUCCUCGCUUUCUUUCAGCCAAAAACAAGAGGGGAAUAAUCAUCAACAAUGAAAACACUAACUAAACCCUAGGCUGAAGCACUGUGAACAGAAAGGAAAAAGCUACUUUUUAGACUUGAUUACCAUAUUUGAUGUGGGCAACACAGAAUAUAGAGGGCUUUUGUCAAGAGCUUUAACAGAUUUAUGAAAGUUGAUUGCCACAGAAGGUCUUUAAAAUGAAUUAUUUUUUUUGCAACACAAUUGUUCCCCUCUUUGCUGCCAUAUGGGUUUUGCAUAAUAAUGUGUUGCAGACCUCUGGUAGAAAAGGUUCAAAGUUUUGACCCAUUCUACAUCUUACUUCAAGUUCUACAGUAUUACAUCUAACUUGGUAUUUAACAAGUGUGAAUGUGUUUUAUGAUUAAAGCUCUGAUUUAUCAAA